AUGCCGUCGACACCUCCUUCAAGCAUCGAAGAAGUCCGCGCGACCGGCAUCAUCGCGCCUGAGUUUGCGAAAAUCUGGGAAGAGUCACCCUUGCCACCAGGCUCAUUCUACACACUCGAGGACCUCAAGGAAGUGAGCAGAGUCAGCUUGCCUCGUACGAAAGAAGUGCUGGCCCAAUCGCGGCCGGAGGACAUCACUGAGAAGGAGCACUUCAUCAAACUUUUCGAUGAGUACGCCUCGCGCAUUCUCGUCGUUCAUCGGACCGCCGAUCUCUCUCCAACGACGCCGCCCCGGCCGCUGAUUCUCAUCUUCCAUGGCGGUGGACACACAGUCGGCAGUCCAGAAGGAGUGUUGCCUUUGGCGAGGGCGAUUCUCAAGUCUCAUCCGGCCAUCAUCAUUUGCGCAUCAUAUCGCCUCGCCCCAGAGUUUCCAUUCCCGUUUUCCAUCCUUGAUUCCUGGACGACCUUGGACUGGGCGGCAUCAGAGUCGCGUAAAUUCAAAUCCACAGUCUUGCCCAUAUGCACCGACCCACGCGUGGGAUUUCUCGUGGGCGGCGAGUCUGCUGGCGCUAAUUUGGCGGCUGAGCUCUCACAUUUGGCCCGGGACCACAGCCUGCUACCAAGGUUGACCGGUCAAUUUCUGUGUUGUGGCACAUUCAUCUCUCCGCAGCAUGUUCCUGCAGCCUACAGGGGCAGAUAUAUCUCAUGGACGGAAAACAAACAUGCUCCAUUGCUCGACGAGGAUCUUUACGCCAUCUUCCGUGACGCUUUCCAGGCGGAGCACGAUAGCAAAUUGUGGGCAAGCUUUAAUCAGCACCACCCGGCUGAUAGUGGCUCCGGUAGUGUCAAGUAUGGCCAUAUGGGAAUUCCUCGCACCUAUUUCCAGGCCUGUGGGCUUGAUAUGGCGAGGGAUGAUACCUUGAUAUACGAGAAGGUCCUGAGGGAGGAGUGUAAUAUCGAGACCAGAUUGGAUUUUUAUCCAGGCUGGCCCCAUUGUUGGUGGGGAAUAUACCCUAAGCUGGACAUGAGCAACAAAAGGAUGCAAGAUGUUGUGGACGGUGUCGGCUGGCUGUUAGAGAAUCACAAGGGAAGAUAA